AUGGCCGAACUUGGCUGCGCCUAUGCCGACACUGGAGCUAUAUCUGAUCUGGACCAGCUAUGUGAUGAAGAGGAUGACCUUGGCUCUUCCGUUAGCACCACAUCGGCAGGCGAAGAGCUUCAAAUAGAGUCGGUCCAAUCUCACACCGAAGAGGCUGCAGAAUCCGAGCUCCCCAUCCAAGAUGGACGCGCUGUACCCACGACAAAAUCAGUGCUCACCAACGGCGUUGAUGAGAAGAGCCAAGUUUCGGAGAUUACCGCAACGAAAUGCGACCCGGCACCUGUCGGAGAACCCGGGGGUGCGGCAACGCGUCUGAAUCUUUUGGACCUUCCUGUGGAUCUUCUACAAGACAUCAUCAAAGAGGUGACUCAUACGAAUGACCUUACGUCUUUGGCCCUUACCUGCUCCGCACUCCAUUCCCUCGCAGUCCCUCAGAUGUACGCACGCUUCGAUAUCGUCUGGCCGGAUGCUUUUCCACAGUCUGAUCACCCGGGGGGAGUGGAUGCUCUUUCCUACGGCCUGGCGACAUUGGUUAUGGGAGAAGACAUAUUCCGGGAAGUACCUGCUAGGCAUGUGGCACGCCCUUGUGCCCAGUGCGAGUGCAAUAACCCCCAAUCGCAUGUUCAGCAGGAAAGUGGUCGAAUCCGGCGUGGCAACUACUUCGCACAGUAUACACGAAAAUUCUCGGUCGGAAACGGCCCGCCAGAUUGGGUACAGGAAUAUUCAGUCACAAAAGAGACUGGGAAGAUGCUCGGAACUCUCGUUGCUUUAGCCGUGGCGCGGAUGGUCAACCUGGAGACUUUUAUUUGGGAUAUGCCGACCGGCGUCGUAAGAGACGUAUGGAUUGCGCUAUCGUCGCUAGCAGACCGAGGGGGGCAUGAGUGUCGUUUGGAGAAUGUUUGGAUACGAUGGCACGAUAAUUCUGAGAACACGGUUCGUCCUUUGUCAGGAGUUCCCACUACGUCUUCAUUAACUCUUCCCGAGACCCAGCAUGUCCUUGUUCCGCCGACUGCCAGCUCAUCUCUUUUCCGGAAAUACGGGCAUGUAGAAUACCCUUCGCUCUCGAUACUGCCCCCACUGAAGAAUCUGAGUGUUCUUGAUAUAGAUGAGCCAUCAUACCUUGAGGAAAUGGCUGUGCUCAUUGGACGCUCGCGAGAUAAACUGAGAGAGCUGCGUGUUGGUAUCUCCUCAAAGGUUUGUCAGGCUGAGUGGUUAAAGCCACAGGGAGGGACGCAUAUCGAGCAGAGCGAUUCCACUACCGUGUCUGGGUGGCCGAAGGCUGGUGGAGUACUUGGAGCGAUACUGGGCUGGCCCGGUCGUCCAACCAGGGAAUCCUCAUUGAAAGCAGAGGAGCCUGCAAAAGCAGAUGAUGACAAUACGUCUGGAGACGUCACUGUAGUCGCGGACUCAGAUACCACGGUUCAUACUCUCAUUGAGGCUUUUUCCGCGCAAACGCUCAAUGCGACAGCGGCUCCUAAUCUGGUUGAAGCGCAGGAUAUCAUCGAUGCAGGGAAUAUUCCGAAUCUGAGCCCGCAUGGAACACAGCCAAUACAGAUUCCCACGUCCAAAGCUCCAAGAGAGUCUUUGAGAAAGUCUUCGAAAGCAACUAACUCCUCCACAUCCGGGUCCAAUCGCCCAUUGCUAAAACUAGAGGUUCUCGAAUUAGAGCGCGUCCCCGUUUCUGCAUCAGUACUACUAGACACUAUUGACUGGACCCGAAUUACCUCACUCACUAUACUCCGCUGUGAAGGCCAUGAAAAGCUGUGGAGGGGUCUUCGCCGCCGGUUUGCUCCUUCUGCAGCUUCACGCACCGGUCCGAGACACACCGGCAAGGAGGAAGACAAGAGUCUAACGGAAUAUGCCUUGAGGAUUAAACAUAUCCAUACCGACGCCGUUUCGCCGUAUUUGUUGCUUUUCAUCAAAGACACCCUUCGCCCGGACACUCUGGAGACCGUGUUCCUCCAUGGAUCACCACUUCAUGACUCUGCUGUUCAUAUUGAGGGAAUAUACCGGAAUGUUAUACGGAACCAUCGGGCAAGCCUGAGCAGAUUGUUAGUAGACAGUACCGAACGAUCACCUGCAGGAUUGGAAAUGAGCAAUAACCGGUGGCGGAAAUGGAUGUUCACGCGAGAGGUCAUCACCUUCAUAACAAGCGGGCGAAUGCCCAAGCUAAGAGAAUUGUCGAUGACCAUAGACUCCAAGGAUUGGCACUACUUCCUACAAAGAUUGCCUUACAUCCCUCAGCUUCGCGCCCUCCACAUCCCCCAUAUUAUCCGUCCAGUUCACCUCGACCUGAAAGAGCUCGCCAUGCAGGUCCUUGACAUUGUGACCCUCCGGCCGGAGAUCAGCAUCAGCUACUUGGGCAUGCAGAACAAAUGUUAUGAGAUUCUCGAAGGCAAGGGCAAUGAGUAUGAUUUGGCCGAAACGGACGACAUCCACAGCGAAGGCUUUGUUCCAGGAGCCGAAAAUUGGGCCGGGUCCGAGACGAACGAGGAAGACUCGGACGAAGAUGAUGAAGGGAUCACGAUGGAUUCUCAUUCCGACUUAUCGUCGGAAGAUCAGAGGUCGCUAGAAGAUGAUGAUUCCACUGACAGCGACUACGGUCGACCGCGCGUGUCUUUCCGCUUGCGCGAGAUUCUUUUCUAUGACGACAAAAUUGCUAUUUUCAAAGCCCGGCAUGGCGUUUUAUGA